AUAGUAUUGUCGACAUACAAAUUACAAGGCACAUUGCAUCGUAUCUUUUGGUAAGAGUAUGUAGACACCCUUAGGGCUUAGCGUACAUGAUGAACGGAGUAUAGUAUUGUCGACAUACAAAUUACAAGGCACAUUGCAUCAUAUCUGUUGGACUUAUAAUAAGUGGAUUACGAGAAAGAGUUGUGUUUCAACGAGAUAGAAACUUUCUUGAAGCGAUUACAAUUGAAUCAUGAGCCUCGAUUGUAGUGACAUGUGAGUUAGAGUCGUCACAACAAUCCGCCAUCUACCACAUACUGUGGCACCGUAUUCAAAUUACUAGUUUGCGCUGGGUUACUGCGUUAUACAGUGAUAUUCUGUACAUUUAAACCGAUACAAAACAUAGACACAGACCUUUGAGUGCGUCCAAUACAACAUCCAAUCAAGAUGGAAUCGCAAGGUGAGAAAGAUAUCGACGACUCAAUCGAGAGCCUACUACAAGCCGAAGACUUACAAGAGCUUCUCGGCACAGAAACAAUCACCGAGACUAUCUCGAGUGUACGCAUGCUUAAAACUCUACAGAAGACAGACACUAAAAGUGGUCCGAAUUCUCCACGAUCACCCAAGUCUGAGGUCGGUGGUGGUUUUGGUGUCCUUGGGAUUGAGUGCGCAAGCGCGGCACCAGCUAGACCGUCAACCCCCCCAACCAGAUCACCCAGAGCAUUGACUACAAGUGUAACACAAGGCUCAACUAGUAGUGGAAGCGGUGUAGAAUACGAUUCGACUUUUGUGCCUCGGAGUAUGUCGGAAACGUUUUUGAGUGUGCCCGAAAGCUUAGGCGAAGAAGUGGAUAGUAAUGACGGUCAGGACAAGCCCACAGUGUUGAGGAAAGAUCUUCAG